UUGGCAUUCAUUGCGUUUAAUUCCCACGAGUCGGCUGCGUGAGUUGUGCUAAGCUGUCCCCUAAUUUAGUAAACUUAGAACAAAUUUCUACCGGUUGUGUUUCACUUAACCCCAAAAACAAUCAACAAAAUGGUGUACCUCGUGAAAGACGGUGCUGACUUCAAGACUCAGCUGACGAAUGCUGGCGACAAGCUGGUCGUUGUGGACUUCUUUGCCACCUGGUGUGGACCCUGCAAGAUGAUUGCCCCCAAGCUGGAGGAAUUGUCCCAACAGUAUGCCGAAAAGAUUGUUGUUCUCAAGGUUGAUGUAGAUGAGUGCGAGUCUAUUGCCAUGGAAUACGAGGUGUCUAGCAUGCCCACGUUCCUGUUCAUCAAGAAUUCUGUCAAGGUGGACCAGUUUGUCGGCGCCAACAAAGACAAACUGACUGAAGCCAUUGAGAAGCUCAUCUAAGCAAUGCCUCAAAUGCCUUUUAAUGGAUUGUCCUUAAACAACAAGUGCAACAACAACUAUAACUAAAUGAAUAAGACAAUUCACCUAACGUAUUCAAGAGUUUUCUUUAUGAAAAAUGUAGUUAAUUAUUAUGUAUUCCAUAAGAGCAAAGUUUGCCAGUGACGUGUCCAGCACAUGCCUCAAACAUUCAAUCGAAUCCCUUAUUGCACUUGGUUAUCACCCAGAUUUAGAGCAUUACUUGGAACGAUUAACUUAUUUGAUGUGUUCAACACUGCAGCGCAGCAUAAAUAAUUCAGAUAUAAAAUAUUUGCAAAAGGUUGCUUUAAAUGUAAUUACAGACACAAAUUUUAUUAAUUCAUUAUAUAUUUAAUACGAAUUCCUUUUGUAGCGCUAAACACAUUGUAAACCCAUUGUCAACACAAACAAAAGUAGCAAACUCGAAAGAAAAUAAAUGUAAUAAAAAUGUUAAAGAA